AUGAGGGCUUUAAAUCCACCUGGACAAGUAGACGUGGAUGGGUUUCAUGACUCAAACUGGAAGAAAUCCACGGAGGAGGAUGUCCAACCACCGAAGGAAUCCUGCACGGAGAUGCCAUCCCGUACAGAGAUCCCCGUCCAAUUAGCAUCAAAAGUGAGACUUGUACAGGCUGCAUUGCAGUCUCGGCCAAAGUCCAAAACCACUCGGCCGAUCACGCAUCACGACCCGGGAAACUGCCCGCGGUCGGCCACGCCACAACCGCCACGCCACCGCGCACGACCAAAGCGCGCGAGCCGGGAAACGCCUCGCGGCCGCGCAACCCUCGCGUACCGGCCGACAUCCGUCCGAGCCGGGAGAACGUCCCGCGUCCGGCCGAGAAUUUCAUCGGCCAAAUCUCAUCCGCUCGACCACGCCGACCGACCGUGA